UUAGAAGAAGGAGAGGGAUUCAAAGUGGCCAUGAAUAUUCUGAAUAACGGACGCUUUGGAAUACCGGCGGCAUGCACAGGCUCGAUGAGGUGGUGUAUACAGAAGACGAUUGAGCACGUCACCGAGCGAUCUCAGUUCGGCAAGAAGCUGAAGGAGUUUGGAAACGUUCAAGAGCAACUGACCGAUAUGAUCACAAGGCACUACGCCACAGAGAGUAUCACGUAUAUGCUGGCGGCAAAUAUGGAUAAAGGCGUUUUGGAUUAUCAAUUAGAGGCGGCCAUUGGGAAGAUUAUGGCGUCGGUUAGUGUUAUUAUUAUUAUUUUAUGA